AUGAAAACUCAAGCGACGCAAACAGAGCUCACUUUCAAAGCGCGCUUCUUGCUGCCUGCUUAUCUCACCCUGUCUCCUAGAGCCACUGUGCCACAACUCCUACCAGUCAACCAGUAUCCUCCGUGCCACAGAUCACACCGAUCCAAGUCCUCCUCGAGGCACAGAGCGGCUGCCACGUCAGCACGAGCAAUGAGCAAGAGCCAAUCAGCGCACAACACGUUGGGAAGCGAUGAAAGUGAUGAUGAGGUGAUGGAGGUGGACCUUACCACAAAACAACAGCGGUUGAUCCGAUCGACAGCAAGUAGAGCUUCCAUUCGACGUCAGAAGGCUGUUGAAGAAGAAAUUAUGGUCUCCUUCAAACCUGCCCCAUCUCCACCCAGAGGAAAUGUUGAAGUUCUCAUAGGAGAAAGACCUGUUUCAAGGAUAGCGGAUAGGGAACACAGAAAGAUAUCUUCCAUAUGCCGCGAAGGUGGCCCAACACAAGCUCAAGAAACUCAGGAAGAAUUUUUAGAGAGGUCAAAUGCUGUAGAAAUAACAGUUCGUACUUGCAAACUACCUUCUCAGGGAAGUAAAACUCCAGAAAGUGAAACAGGGUCCACAAAAAAAGAACCAACUCCUACAAAAGACGCACCGAAACCCAAGACGCCUUCAAACGAAAACACGACAUUACAAAAAUCAAUAACAUCAAAGGAGUCCCAAGAACUCCAGAAAAUGUCGAGCGAAGAAAAACCUUCACCCGAGGAAACUUCGGAAGUGUCCGGAAUGAGGAGUCCAACGGAACCAGUUGGUGGUUUUCGUAAUAAACGCAACGAAACCAUGGAAAGCUCGUCUGUAAAAUCCAGCAGUGAGUCAUCUAAGGUUGCAAGCAAACUAGGACACCCUGAGUGGAUUUCGUCAAGUGCAGAGGGGUCAUGCUCAUGGCCGGACUAUAUCUCCAAUGACGAGUCCUAUACGGUGACAACUGACGAACCAAGCUCGCCAGCGGAUCUUCAGCACGCUCUCGAUAACAUUUUACGUAAAAGACGGGAAUAUAUCGAUAAAUAUUGUGAAGUGAAAGCGAAGAGUGAUUCGAAAGUUGACGACCCUACGUCACCAGACAGUGAAUCUUCUAGCAGUAUAUUCACCGAAAGGGAAACUUCUAGAAGUGAGGUGUCCACCAGUAGUUCCAACCGAGUGGCAAAGAGUGAAACAGAAGAAGAUGAAAGUUCCGAUUACGUCACUGCCACAGAUCACUCUCCCUACUCACCCCACCAAAUCGUCUGCAGGAAAAAGCCCGGUGCCCAGCAAGAAGAAGACGAUGUGCCUACUUCUUUUGAAAGUUUUAGUUCACCAUCAAAAAGCAGCAAUCAUCUUCAAGUGAAAUCACCCAAUUCUUCACCAUCACAACUCCCAUUGGAUACAUCAUCUGGGCGUGAACACAAGGAUGAAAAUGCUGAAACGGACCAAAGACUUUCUCCUUCUGCUAGAGGUUCGGGAGAAGCAGACGAUAGCAUUUACUUUUCUGUUGCUCUUCCUCCAGACGAUCUGGAAUCCUCAGAUGAAUCUACUAAAAAAGAAACUCCGCCCACUACACCUUCUACAGAAUCAGAAGAAGGAAUUACACCCUUCCAGAGGUCCCACUACGGUACAAGUGGUACUCCGGAUUCCGAUCGAACGAGUGACAUCACCCCCGUCUUCGACCCCUCUCCGGAACCCUUGUCCAGCCUUCAAGAGCCACAGACAGUCAUCGAAAUAAAGAGCGAAGCCACUUCGGAGGAAAUCCUCUCCACUGGAAAUGAUUACGAUUACGAUGAAAUGGAUCGGAUAGAUGACGAAGAUAGUUUUCCGAAAGCUGGAGAAGAAAAUCGCAGUGAUAAAGCUUUUUCUGAAUCUUCCGAGAGCUCAAGCGUACUGUCCGGGCUUCAGGACAUGGAGUCCGUGACGUCCCUGGGCAUGGACACCAUCUCUCGAUUGCAAAUCGGAUCGUUUCCGUUAUUGGAUAUCAGGAAAACAGCAGAUGAACUUUCAACGGUGUCAGAGGUAUCUGAAGAAAGCAGUAAAAGCAGGGUGGUUCGAGUUAGAAGAAAGAAGUCGGAACGUAAGGUUUCAGAAGGUUCUUCGUUCUCCGAAGAGCCUCCUUUCGAAUCAUCAAGAGGGGCGUUCCUAUCCAAGGGUCGAUCUUCAUCUUCGGAAUACAUUCCCUCUGAGACACCAACACCUGACAGUACAACAUCUGGGAGCUUCGUUCUUGAUAACGGAUCCUUUACGGAAAAUGGAUCCUACAACAGCUUAUCGAAUCACGAUGAAAAGGGAAAUGAAUCAUCUUAUGCCGGUGCUGAAGAUGUGCGUGGGAAAGAAAGUGAUCAGAAGACUAAGACUGAGAGUGAGUCAGCGAGUGAAAGUUACAAAGAAAGCAAAUCGUACAGAACGCCCACCGACGAUGACACGAUAGAGAAACCUUGCCGAAGUGACAUCGAUCGACAAAUCACGUCAUCCCCAAUCAACAGCGACCAGUCUGACAAAAUGGUUGCCUCAUCUACACUAUCCUCAUCGUCAUCCAUGAGUCAUAAGGUGCUCAAAACUUCCGAUGCUUCUUGGGAAAGGAGGAGGAGUCCCAACCUAUCUGCCUGGUGCAGUGAAGGAGCCAUUCCUAAACAAAGGCACCCGGAAGAGGGCAGGAGGAGGAAAGAUCGGGCUAGAAACCGAUCCGAGCCCCGGGAGCAUAUUGCUGCUUUACAGUUCGCAAGAGCAGAACGUUCUUCGCGUUCCAAAAGUCGGAGCCCAGAAGACAAGCUCAGCGAAGACGAAACAGGUCCACGAUAUCGGGGAGGCCCGCCCCCCCUUUGCUCGCACUGUGGAGAAAAAAUCAUGGACCCACCCUUCUCUGCCCCCGCUGUGUGGGGGGAGCGUGGCUACUCCCGAUCCUUCUGGGAGGGGCCACCUUCUUCGUCACACCAUCAGCCGCUUAUGUGGAGGCACAGGGGAUAUGGGGAAGGAUAUGGGAGAUAUGGUGGUGGAACCCCCUAUGGAGGACAUUGCCAUAUUCCACGGUCGUGGUCAACCGAUAGCGGAGGACCUGGAGCUGAGCCGGAGGUGGAUCUAUAUCCAGAGGAAGACGAGGAUGCUGGUGUGCACUCCGAAAGUUACAGAACUUCAUCCUGGAUUUAUGUAUCGGAUAGCGAUGAGCUAGCAGUCUGGAAACGCCCAACAGAACCACAUGAGGAAGCUGAUGUGUCCUCUCAUCUGCAAAUCACGAGGUCGGAUUCUAUGGGCUCUACAUCAUCAGAACAUGAGUUUCUGAAACAGUACCAGGCUGUAACCCAUCGCAUGGUUCAUCGAAAAUCCAGUGUUGAAAUGUACAAGCGGAUAGCAAACCGAACUUUCGAAGUGGACAAGCGUGUCGUAGUUCAAAGGAAUAAUGGAGAAUUUGGCUUCAGAAUACAUGGAAGUAAACCUGUGGUCGUAUCGGCGAUUGAAAGAGGAACUCCUGCAGAAACAAGUGGCUUAGAGGUUGGAGACAUAGUAGUAUCUAUUAAUGGGCUCAAUGUCCUCGACGCCACUCAUUCUGAAGUAGUUCGAUUAGCACACACAGGCACGGAAGUGUUGAAAAUGGAAGUGAGUCGCACUUGUCAUAUCCUUGCGCCUGUGCUGACCGAUUCUCCGCCGCCACCUGUUUAUUCUGGUUAUCUGCAGCGGCUCAGCGCACGGAGUGUGACCGGGAGAAGGUGGUGCCGGCGCUGGUUCGCCGUUAAAUUAGACGGAGUCCUGUACUGGUACAGGACGAGCAAGGACCAUGAGCCUUUAGGUGCCCUGGGGCUUCAAAAUCAAACUAUCAGCAGGGUCCCAGAAGCCGGGGCGCCCCAUGCCUUUAAGGUGUCCAAGCUCGGGGAAUCUCCAUACUACUUCUCUGCCGACGAUGAGGACACCGCCACUAGAUGGAUUAGUGCCUUGAAUCAAGUUGCUGCAACAGCUUCACGGGUGGACCCUUACGUGGACGAGAGUUUGCGCAACGCUCAGUUACCCCCAAGCUCAAUCCCGCACGUCGACUGCCAGGGUCCUCUCAGCAAGUUGAGUCAGCGCUGGAAGGCGUGGCGUAGGCGGUACUUCCUUCUGAAGGACGCCUCUCUAUACUUCUACGCCGACCGCAACGCCAAAGUAGCCUUAGGUCUUUUUCAAUUGCACGGUUACAAGGUCCAAAGUUGUAAUCUUCAAGGAAAGAAGAAUACGUUUGAAGCCAUACCACCGGAACCCAGACUCAGGCAUCUGUACUUCCUAGCAGAUACGGAAAAUGAAAAGAAACGGUGGUUGGCUGCAUUAGAAUAUUCAAUAGACCGAUGGAUAAAAAUAGGCUAA